UGAGCAAGCACAAGCACAACUACAACUGCAAAUUCACAAUGCUAUCUUUCUCUCAAUUUCCGGUCCCUCUCUUCUUUUUCCUCUCUAUCCUCACCCUGCAGUGCCUCACAUCCCUUGCAGCAAAAUGCCACGUGGACGAUAAGAGCGGGUUGUUAGCAUUCAAGUCGGGUAUCACAUCUGACCCAUCGGGUAUGCUAGCAUCCUGGAAAGCAAGUACUGACUGUUGUACGUGGUCGGGUGUAUCUUGUCGGGUAGAAAAUCGGGUCACAGAGUUAUCACUCUCCGGACGACCCGAAAAAAAUGAAAUCUUAUCUGGUACCAUCUCGUCAUCUCUCUCUAAACUAAAAAAGCUAAACGGUAUUUAUUUUACGAAUCUUAAGAACUUAAAGGGUACACCGAAUUUUCUCCUUACUCUACCUGAAAUUCAAUUUGUUUACAUCGAAAACAACAUGUUCUCGGGUCGUAUACCCGAAAGCAUUGGUAACUUGACCCAACUUGGUGCUCUGAGUUUCAUGGGUAACCGGUUAACUGGCCCGAUACCGAGUUCUAUCGGUCAGUUAACUCAGUUGACUCAGCUCAAACUCGGUAACAAUAUUCUCACUGGCACUAUACCAAAGACAUUAAGCAAUCUCAAGAACUUAACUUAUCUGAGUUUAGAGAAAAAUCAACUCAGUGGAUCAAUACCAAACUUCUUCAAUUCCAUUCCUGAGCUCAUAAUCUUGACACUUUCUUACAACAAAUUUACUGGAAAUAUUCCAACUAGUAUUGCAGCUCUAGCUCCACAACUACGUUACCUUGAGCUAGGACACAAUUAUUUAAGCGGUCAAAUCCCAGAUUUUCUUGGAAAAUUCCGUGCUCUAGACACAUUAGAUCUUUCUUCUAACAAAUUCUCAGGAACUGUACCAAAAUCCUUUGCAAAUCUUACCAAAAUAUUCAAUCUUGAUUUAUCCCAUAAUCUUCUUGUGGACCCAUUUCCAACAUUGUUUGUAAAAGGCAUUGAGUCUCUUGAUCUGUCAUACAAUAAUUUCCACUUAGGUACAAUUCCAAGUUGGGUCACUACUUCUCCGAUUAUAUACUCUUUGAAGCUAGCAAAAUGUGGGAUCAAGAUUAAAUUGGAUAAUUGGAAGCCAAAGACAACUUAUUUUUAUGACUAUAUUGAUCUUUCGGAUAACGAGAUUAGUGGAAGUCCAAUUGGAUUGUUGAACAAGACUGAUUUCUUGGUGGGAUUUUAUGCUUCUGGGAAUAAAUUGAAGUUUGAUUUGGAGAAAUUAAGGAUUGUUGAGACACUGAAGGAUUUGGAUUUGUCAAGGAAUAUGAUUUAUGGGAAAGUUCCAAAGGCAAUUUCUGGACUACAAAAGUUGAAUUUGAGUAGUAAUCAUUUGUGUGGUCAACUUCCACCGACAAAGUUUGGAGCUAAUUCUUUUGCUGGAAAUAAAUGUCUUUGUGGUUCACCAUUGUCACCCUGCAAAGCUUAGUUCAAAAUUAGUGUUUGGAUUGUGUUGUUUUACAGUUAUAGCAGUGCCAAUAAUUUGGUGUUGUACAACCCGCUGCACUUUGCUUUUAUGAAAUGAAUGUGUUUGACCA